UCACUACACCCAAGACCACGGAGGACUAGCGAGCGACCUCCACUUCCUCAAAUCGUGGAAUGUAAGUGGCGCGCAACAAUCCUCAAGAAAGUAGACAUAAAGGAAUCCGACGAAAGAGCGAGAGAAGACAAAUUCAGCGCAAGAGGACUGAGUGUGUGUGUGCGUGUGUGAGUGUGUGUGUGUGCCAGAGUGUCUGAGAGGCGAGCAUGAGCAUGGCGCCCUUCCUGCGGAUAUCGUUCAGCGCGUACGACCUGGGAGCCCUGCCCCCGCCCAGCGAAGCCCCUUUCUGCGCUGUCAAAAUGAAGGAGGCCCUCGGCACAGAGAGGGGCAAGACCCUAAUCCAGAGGAAGCCCACUAUGUUCCCGGCGUGGAGGGCCAGCUUUGACGCCCACGUGUAUGAGGGGCGGGUGCUGCAGGUGCUACUCAUGCAGACCACAGAGACGCCAUUGGCCGAGGUCACCAUUGGCGUGUCUGUGCUGGCCGAGCGCUGCAGGAAGGGGAACGGGCGCGCAGAGUUCUGGGUUGAUCUGCAGCCCUCUGGAAAGAUCAUGAUGUCCGUACAGUACUUUUUAGAGGAUGCGGACACAGGUGUAGAGUGUCGGCAGUCUGUGAUGCUGGAGGAGGAGCUUCCCAACCUGAACCGCAGGCGAGGGGCCAUCAAGCAGGCCAAGAUCCACUUCAUCAAGAACCACGAGUUCAUUGCCACCUUCUUCAGGCAGCCCACCUUCUGCUCCGUCUGCAGGGACUUUGUCUGGGGCCUCAACAAGCAAGGAUACAAGUGCAGACAGUGCAAUGCAGCUAUCCAUAAGAAAUGCAUCGACAAGAUCAUUGGACGAUGCACUGGAACUGCGGCCAACAGUAGGGACACAGUGUUUCAGAAGGAGCGUUUCAAGAUUGACAUGCCGCACCGAUUUAAGAUUCACAACUACAUGAGUCCCACCUUCUGUGACCACUGUGGCAGCCUACUGUGGGGGCUGGUGAAGCAGGGGCUCAAAUGUGAAGACUGUGGCAUGAACGUUCACCAUAAGUGUCAAAAGAAAGUGGCCAACCUGUGUGGAAUCAACCAGAAGCUUCUUGCCGAGGCUCUGACUCAGGUCGGACAGAAAUCUACCCGCCGUCCUGAGUCUAAGGACCUGGAUGCAGGUGUGUACCAGGACUUCAACAGCAGUCCGGGGGUAGACACUAAUGAUGGAGCUCCGUAUGGCUGUCUUUGGGAAGGGACAGGUCCUCGCCCCCCCUCCCGCAUCUCCCAGACCUGCAUUGGCAUCGACAACUUCAUACUGCACAAGGUGCUGGGCAAGGGCAGCUUUGGCAAGGUCUUGUUGGCAGAGCUGAAGGGCAGUGGUGAGUGGUUUGCAGUGAAGGCCCUGAAGAAAGACGUGGUGCUGAUGGACGAUGAUGUGGAGUGCACCAUGGUGGAGAAGAGGGUGCUAGCGCUGGCCUGGGACAACCCCUUCCUCACACACCUGUACUCAACCUUCCAGACCAAGGAGCACCUGUUCUUUGUCAUGGAGUAUCUGAAUGGAGGAGAUCUCAUGUUUCACAUCCAGGAGAAAGGACGCUUUGACUUGUAUAGAACCACAUUCUACUCAGCAGAAAUUGUUUGUGGUCUUCAAUUUCUACAUACCAAAGGCAUCAUCUACAGAGAUCUGAAGCUGGAUAAUGUGAUGUUGGACGGCGAGGGCCACAUAAAGAUUGCUGACUUUGGCAUGUGUAAGGAGAACGUCUUUGGGGAGAACCGAGCCACCACCUUCUGUGGAACUCCAGACUACAUAGCUCCUGAGAUACUGUUGGGCCUGCCGUACUCGUUCUCUGUGGACUGGUGGUCGUUUGGCGUGCUGGUGUACGAGAUGCUGAUUGGUCAGUCUCCGUUCCAUGGCGAUGACGAGGACGAGCUGUUUGAGUCCAUCCGUGUGGACACACCACACUACCCUCGCUGGAUAUCCAAGGACACCAGAGAUCUACUGGAGCGGCUGUUUGAGCGUGAUCCUACUCGUCGGCUGGGGAUUGUGGGAUGCAUUCGUGGCCACGCCUUCUUCAAGACCAUCAACUGGUCCUCUUUAGAGAGGAGAGAAGUAGACCCACCAUUUAAACCCAAAGUGAAGGCAGCCAACGACUGCAGUAACUUCGACCGUGAGUUCCUGAGUGAGAAGCCGCGCCUCUCCCACUGUGACAAGAGCUUGGUGGACUCCAUGGACCAGACCGCCUUCUCCGGCUUCUCCUUCAUCAACCCCAAGAUGGAGGACCUUGUCCUGCCGAAGUGAUGAGGAUGAU